GGGCUGCGGCUGUUGACGAAGGACCUCAUCGCGGACGUUUCUUGCCGUAGAUGACGGAGAAGCAGUCCCACCCGUCCCAGUUCCUCCCCCACCCUUACAGCCACACUGGCCAGAGAAGCUGUCACGUGACUGCGGAAGGAAAGAGUUGCGCUCCACCCGCCCUUACCCCUGAUCACGAUGCCAAGCGUCCUCGUCCUGCCACCUGGUGUAACGAUACUUGUGUGAGUCGCUCGAUCGCUUGUCCGGGUGGAACAGUUGGGAGAGAGACUCGUCAGUCCAUCAGGGUGGACAGCCGCUGCUCAGUUGACUGUCAGCCAUUGCACGACCACUUUCGCCUCAUUUUGCAAAACUCAUCAAUUUUGAGUUGUUCUGACAUCGAGCGUGAAAGCAACUUACCGGCCAAGAAGUGAUCGAGCGAGAAAUCUGGGACAGCUGAUUCCUUCACCCCCCCCCCCACCUUCCUUCACAAAGGGGUGGUUAGUAAAAGGUGCUGAUAGGGUAGCUGAUUUCUGUAAUAUUGUCUUGCACAGAGGAACCUUUUCGUCUGCCAUUAAAAGCUCCCCAUGACGACUUUCGUUCCGAAAUUUUGGACUACAAAAGGCUACACUUCAUGAAACCAAAGAAAUCGAGGUGAACAGGCGAGGUUUGUUGUGAAUAGAAAAACAUUCUCGUCACUUUAAGAAGUUUUCAACUUCAAAAAACGACUGCGGGUACAUUCACAGAACCUACGCCAACCCCUCAGUGAAAGAGUUACAAUAAAAACCCACUUUCCCUCAAGCCUCGGUGUGGUGCUGGACUUGAAAAGACUCGGAUAUUGAAAGGUCGUCGGGUUGUGUUGCAGAUGAACAGCAGCCUUUGUAUCUCCUACAUACCCCGACUCUCAAUCGAACUUGUUCGGCGGUUAUUUCUCCUGACUCCCUGGAGCUUAUGAAGUCGUUUCGAUCUUGUGUGCGCAGAGGUUUCUUUGAGACAGAAAAAUUGCUGUAGCACCGAGCGGGGAUAUUCGUGUCGCCCGUUCAGAACCCAUUCGGGGACUUCGAAAACGAGCAACAGUGUGGAGAAGACAGAAGGCUGAGUGAAAUGACUUCAGAGUCUCUUCCGAAUGGUGGCCUGUCUGAGGACGGGCGUUAUCAGAUGGCUCACAUCUACGAGCGCGUUCUGUCCCUCGUCACCAAACCUCCGGCAGACAGACGAGACAGCGAGCUCGAGGACGUGGUGCCGUGGUUCAAGAAGAAAGCCGACAAGCUCUUCAAAGACAUCCAGAACCAGAUCAUCAAGGACAUCGUGAAGAAUGCGGAGUUCCGGAAGUGCAAUAGUGACGUCGUCAUCGUCAGGCAGGGAGAGAAGGGAGACGAGUUCUUCAUCAUGCUUAGCGGCACCGCCACCGUCCACAUCAACUCCAACCUCGGGGAGGAAGAAGUGGAGCCGUGCACAGGAAGCAGCUUUACGAGGAGGCAGUCCACCGAGAACAUGCAGGGCAAACCGCUGGAUCGUACGCUGUACGGAGUCCACGUGACCGACGUGUGCACCGGUAAAAGCUUUGGCGAGCUGGCCCUGAUCAACCCAGAGAGCACCCGUAACGCCACCAUCAUCGCCAGCGGUGUGUGUGAACUGUUGGUCGUCAGCAGGGACCUGUACAACAAGACUCUUCACGCCUUCCAGGCCCGAGAGUUUGCCGAGAAGCAGAGGUUUGUGCAGGACUUUCCCCUGUUCCACAAAUGGAACGCAAGGUACCGCAAGAUGGCUGCCAUGAGUCUGGUGAAGAUCAUCGUCAAGUUCGAGGACACGAUUGUCAAACAGGGCAUGACAGUAGAUGGCCUCCAUUUUGUCAUCAGCGGCGAGCUGAAGUUACGGGUGGAUCCUUCUCAUCAUCCAACACAAUACCCGCAGCAUUUUCCGGUUGGUGAUAUCGCUGAACUGGAAAAAGAAAAGGCACGAGAGCUUCUCAGAAAAGAAAUGAACCUGGAGCGACACAAGAGCAGCGGCAAGAAGUCGGCCUACGAGCGGCGCAGCGCGGCGCCAGUGGACAAGAAGAACAGUGGACUGCGACCCAUGGACCUGUGCCUCAUGGGGGCCAUAGACACCAUCGGCGACCUGGAGAUGGUGCUUGGACUGUCCACCUAUUCUCAAACCGUGGUCUGCAUGGAGGAGGCCACCAUCUUUCACCUGGACAAGCGCAACUAUGACCGGCUGGUGGAGAAGAAAAACCCACAGACUGUGGACAUCAUGCGAGACAUCGUGCACACCAAGCUCACUCUUCAUUUCUCAAGACUUUCAGACGACAGCAUUCCGUUGUACCGCUACAUCCUGUAUACCUUAGACGAGAGGGAACGAGAAAUGCGUGAACUGCAACAACAACAGAUGCGAGCCCGGGGUCGCCAGACGCCAGGGGCCUACAACCCAGAGACAGAAUGGCAGAUAGAUAAUUUACGGAAAGGUCCGCUGGUCAACCUGUACGGCCCCGGAAGUGUGUUCUACCUCAUACGCAUGAAAGCCAAGGAAAGACAGCAGCGACAACAACGGGAAAAAGCCACACCCAGCGGCAACAACGCCUACCGCGUGGCACAACAGCCACAGACCAACGUGUAUGGUCGAACCCCACUGGCAGACAACUCUCGGUUCUUGUACGAAGACGACACGGCAUCUAUCAGUGAUGGUCACAUUGUCAACAUCUAUGGGUACAGUGAUAAUCAGACCUUCGGCGACAACAGAGACUACGAAAACACACAAGGGACAACAGAGGGUCGUGAAGGGAUCUGCUCACAGGAGAGUGACUGGGCCACCAGCGACUCCGCCUUGUCCAACCUGGAGCAACGGUUGCUGCAGUGGCACAGCAGUCUGGACUCCACGGGCAACCAGGGGACAGCAGGACUGGGUGUGGGUCCUCCUCUAAAUGUCGCCCCUGUGGUUGUUCCGGGUGGUCUGGCAGUCAGCAGCUUCAGCAGGACAUUCCACAGUGUCGUCAAGCUUCACCGCUUCCAUGCCGAUGAUGAAAACAGACCGAAGCCUGGCAACAAAGUGUACGUGAGAGGUCGGGAUAAAGGAAUGAAACUCACAGCCGACCUUGACGACCCCAUCUCUCCUGAGGACGACAAACGACCAAAAGUUUCUCCUGAUCUCUCGCGAUCACCUUUGAUCAGAGAACCACUGUUUGACAUAAACUCUAAUGAAUUACCUGGCAACUUUUAUGAAGAACCUGCAAGCUUGCCAGCUCCCAGGCCAGAUAUUAGUGCCGGGCCUCUGUGGAGCCACACCUUCUCCACCUCCUUCAGGAAGCCUCAGCAUCAGCGGAAGCACCAGUACACCAAGGAAGAGUAUCAGGCCUUGAAGGAGGAGCUACGUCGUCGACAGAGGGCGUACAAGUCCUUCCUUCCGCAACGAUCGGGAACUAGUCUGUAUUGAUGUCCUCCUUGUCCUGCACGCGGAACAUGAAGACAGAUUUAUGCUUGGAGGCCUGUAAACUCUUAUAAAGCUUGUAAACAGAUCCACAGGUGUUAAGAAUAGUGGGUCCGUAAUUUUUUUUAUUUAUUAAUAAUUUCACUUCUUUGACAGAAGUCCGCAUCGGACAGUGAUUGUUGUAAAUUUACUGGACAAGAGGUUUUUGUAAGUCUGAGAUGUUUAUUUGUCACUUUAUAUUGAGAUAGCUUGGACUAGACUGGAGAGGAGUGAGUGGGAGAGAGAGAGAGACUUUAUUCCGAAUUUACAUUCAACAUAUUUCAUUCGUAUUUCACAGACAGUAUUUGAGAUGAUAAACUGAAAGGUCAGCUUCUAACUCACUGGUCGUCAGCAGCUUAAGCUUAAUGAGUAAGGCCGCGGAUUAACAACUAAGACGACCACCAUAUAAUUAUAGUUCUGAGUUGUGACUGGCAGAAGCUGUGGGGAGGAGACGAGUUUUAGUCUGACACGUUCGGGGAAAUAAGUAUACAGAAGAGGCUGUAAAUAAAAAUACUUGGAAGUAAGGCAACAGGACACAGGACACCAAUGUGUGGAUCUUGAAAUCAGAAGCAUGUAAGCUCAACGCGUACAUUCUUUGCCUCUGGUCACAGUAAUAAAAUAUGAUCUUUCAUCACCAGGGAUAUGUUGAUUUGUUGAUUUAUUUAUGCAAAUUGUUUUAUGUGGUAGUAUUUUAUGUUUUGUGUAUGUAUUGUUUAAUAAAAAGUACGAUCUUUCCGUC